ACUCCCGCAGCUUCACGCAGUCGGCGCCUCCAUUCUGCUCCCUCCCUGUCUUUUUCCACCCAGCUCCCUUGGCUUCAUAUAAAUUCGCACCCUGCUCCCCUCACACCACCAGUGCCUGGGGGAUUUCUUCUCUAGGGGGCGACGAGUUUCUGGUAUUUACAAACAGGUCCCUGCCAUGGAAAAGAAGCAGGGCUUCUUCUCGGCGCUGCGGGAGGAGGUGGCGCGCGGGCUGUCGCCGGCGCGGGCGCGGCGGAGGUCGGCGUCCAACGCGGCGGAGGUGGCGGCGUUGGCACUGCGCGGGGGAGGGGAGGCGCUGGCGCCGCUCAUGGAGGGCCCGGAUCCGGAGGGCGCCGGCGGCGGCGGCGAGUAUGGCGCGCGCGCGCGGAGGGAGGGGUGGGGCCGGUGGGUGCGUGGCCAGCUCCAGCUCUCGCGCGCGCCGUCGGCGGUCGGGGCGGACGCGGGCGCCGGAGGCGCCGCGAGGCGGAACGACCUGAGGCUGCUUCUCGGCGUCAUGGGCGCGCCGCUUGCGCCGGUGCACGUCUGCGCCGCCGAGCCGCUGCCGCACCUCAGCAUCAAGGACACCCCCAUUGAGACCUCGUCGGCGCAGUACAUUCUGCAGCAGUACCUGGCUGCCUCCGGCGGGCAGAGGCUGCUCUCCUCUGUCCGGAACGCCUACGCCAUGGGCAAGGUGAGGAUGGUGGCUACCGAGUUUGAGACGAGUGGCCGUGUCGUGAGGAACCGCAUGGCGGCGCGCUGCGCCGAGCUUGGCAGGUUCGUGCUUUGGCAGAUGGCCCCGGAGAUGUGGUACAUUGAGCUCGCCGUCGGUGGGAGCAAGGUGCAUGCUGGCUGCAACGGCAAGCUUGUGUGGCGCCACACCCCAUGGCUCGGCGCACAUGCUGCCAAGGGCCCUGUCCGCCCGCUCCGCCGCUCCCUUCAGGGCCUGGAUCCAUUGACCACAGCAAGCAUGUUUGCUGGCGCACUGUGCAUUGGCGAGAGGAAGGUGCACGGGGAGGAUUGCUUCAUUCUGAAGCUGUGUGCAGAUCCUGAGACACUGAGAGCACGCAGCGAGGGGCUUGCAGAGAUCAUCCGGCAUGUUCUCUUUGGGUACUUCAGCCAGAAGACUGGGCUUCUUGCCCAUCUUGAGGAUUCUCACCUUACCCGAAUUCAGUCAACAACCGGAGGAGAUGCAGUUUACUGGGAGACUACCAUCAAUUCAUUCAUCGAGGACUACCGCCCGGUGGAGGGUAUAAUGGUUGCACAUUCUGGGCGCUCGGCUGUGACCCUGUUCCGUUUUGGUGAGGUGGCUAUGAGCCACACCAAGACUCGUAUGGAGGAGGCAUGGAGCAUCGAGGAGGUUGUGUUCAAUGUCCCCGGCCUCUCCAUGGAUUGUUUCAUCCCGCCCACUGAUAUCAAGUUUGGAUCUGUCAGUGAGACUGUUGAGCUUCCGCAUGGCGAGAAGAACAAGGUCGGUCUUCUCCCAUGCCAUCGUGCUAAGGUUGCGGCUCUAGAGAAGGCAGAUGGUAACGUCGCGUGGAGCGGAGCCCUACAGCUAGACUGCAAGUGAUUGGUAGCCCGUCCAUACUUGCUUCUUGCAUUGCAACUGACUGAUUUUGAUGGAUGUAGGGUAGAAACAAAGAGCUAAGGAGGAUUUGGACCUUUACCAUUCCAAAUGUCCUCGGUAAAUAGGAAGCUUAAGGCACUCGCAUGGUCUUCCAUAUCCCAGAGGAGGCCUUGUGUGAAGAAUCCUGUCUGAUCUCAUUCUGAGAUAUGGUAGUAGGUAGUCUUUUCUGUAACUUCCGGCUUUGUUUUGUCGGUACCUCAUGGAAGAAGAACCAGGGGUGUUCUUCUCCAUCCUGCCACAUGAUAAGGAUCAUGGUGGCAGUACUUCUUUCCGUCAUAGCAACACUAAUUAUCGGAGGCCAGCAAGGAAGAAGUGAUUUCUUCAUCGGCAAUCAAGAGUGAUUUCAUCGUCGUUGAUCGCGUCUGAUUAGCAGUCCAGUAUGCUUUGGUUGGUGAUAGUCUGUGGUCAAACUAACUUUUAGGGGGGAAAGAAUGUAAGCUGUGGGUGGUCCUGAUGGGGGUCAGGUUGUGAACCCUUUCCUUCGCAUCUCUCUUAUUUAGUAUGAGAUGGUGGUUGUAUCCUGCAGAAGUUUGAUGUAAGCCAAAACUUCUAUGAAUAUCAUGGCUUGAAUUGUUUUCU